AUGAUUCCAUACACUGUCAACAUCAAACUUGCUGCCCGGACAUUGACUGGCACUCUCAAUUUGCAGAAUAAAUCUGCAGUAGAUUGGGGCUGGCAGGGACUGAUAGCUCAAGGAUGUCACUCAAGCAUUCUCAUUAUUGAUCCAAAGACAUCACAGACUAUCCAAGUGCUGGAAAAACACAAAGCCAAUGUGGUCAAGGUGAAGUGGUCGAGAGAGAAUUACUAUCAUAAUUUGAGCUCGCCAUACUGUUUGCGACUAGCCUCUGGAGAUACCUCUGGAAAGAUAAUUGUGUGGGAUGUCGUUAGUGGCACUCCCCAUUGUGAGAUCCAAGAGCAUUCCAAACCCAUCCAGGAUUUGGAGUGGUUGUGGAAUCAGGAUGUGUCCCGUGAUCUGUUGUUGGCUGUGCAUCCACCUAACUACAUCAUUCUAUGGAAUGGAGACACAGGAAACAAGCUAUGGAAGAAGAGCUAUGCUGAAAACAUCCUGUCCUUCUCUUUUGAUCCAUUUGACCCAUCCAACAUGGCAUUACUGACAAGUGAAGGAAUAGUCUUCAUCACAGACUUUUCCCACUCGAAACCACCAGGAAGUGCUGGCAAAAAGGUUUACAUUGCUAGCCCGCAUGCAAGUCCUGCCCAUACCAAGCCUGCACCUGCCGCGCCCCCAGCUCCUACCGGUGCCAAGAAGGCGCUCAACAAGGUCAAAGUACUAAUCACCAAUGAAAAGCCCACUGCGGAGGCAGUGACGUUGAACGACUGCCUGCAGUUGUCUUACCUGCCGUCCAAAAGAAACCACAUGUUGCUGCUUUAUCCCAGAGAGAUCCUCAUCCUGGACCUAGAGCUCAGCCAGACUGUGGGAGUUGUCGCCAUUGAGCGUUCCGGGGUACCCUUCAUCCAGGUGAUUCCCUGCGCCCAGAGGGAUGCCCUAUACUGCCUCCACGAGAAUGGAUGCAUCACACUUCGCGUGUGCCGUUCCACUUCGGCCCUUGAAGAAGGAUCAGGAGCAACAGACCCAGAACAGAGUUCCCAGGAGCUCGUUUAUGACCUCCGCUCUCAGUGUGACGCUAUUCGUGUCACGAAGACUGUCCGGCCUUAUCGCAUGGUUAUUUGCCCCGUCUCUGAAAACAAUGCUGCUCUGAUGGUCAGCGAUGGCAGAGUUAUGCUUUGGGAGCUUAAAGCCUUUACUGGAAAAGCGUCUGUCAAUCCAAGUUCAGGGCUGUCUCCACUCUACUCCCCUGUGUCCUUUUGUGGAUCUCCUCUGGCUCCAAACCAGAAACAUAUUCAGAAUCUCUCUCUCAACAACAUGAUCGGUCAAACUUUGAUAGCUGGUGAGGCCCCUCUUGCAUCCUCCAACCAGCAAGAAGUCCAGCUGAAGUUUCUAUUGACUGGUCUCCUAUCUGGUUUGCCAUUGCCACCCUUUGCCAUCCGUAUGUGUCCACCUCUUACCACCAAAAACUUCAACCACUACCAACCGAUGCUGGCUGUUGGUACGAGUAAUGGGUCUGUGCUGGUCUACAACCUUACCAGUGGUCUUCUCCAUAAGGAGCUCAGUGUCCAUUCUUGUGAAGUAAGGGGUAUUGAGUGGGUGAGCCUCACCAGUUUUCUGUCUUUUGCCACUUCUUCUCCUAACAACAUGGGACUGGUUCGGAAUGAGCUGCAGCACAUUGACAUGCCUACUGGACGAUGCUUUGCAUUCAGAGGUGAGCGAGGAAAUGAUGAGCCACCCAUUGAGAUGAUAAAAGUUUCACAUCUAAAGCAGUACCUGGUUGUAGUGUUCAGGGACAAACCACUUGAGUUGUGGGACAUCAGGACUGGAACACUUCUUCGAGAGAUGGCAAAGAACUUCCCUACAGUUACAGCUCUGGAGUGGUCCCCAUCGCACAACUUGAAGAGCCUGAAGAAGAAGCAGAUUGCAGCAAGGGAGGCCAUGGCUCGACAGACAGUGUCAGACACUGAGCAAAAUAGUGUUGAAUCUUCAGUUAUCAGUCUGCUGCAAGAUGCAGAGAGCAAGUCGGAGACCAACCAGGCCAUAUCUGCCAGGGAACAUUUUGUGUUUACUGACACAGAUGGGCAGGUCUACCAUAUCACUGUAGAGGGAAACACUGUCAAAGAUGGAGCCCGUAUUCCUCCUGAUGGAAGUAUGGGUAGUAUUGCCUGCAUUGCUUGGAAAGGUGACACCUUGGUGCUUGGUGAUGUCGAUGGAAAUCUUAACUUCUGGGACCUUAAAGCACGCUUGUCCAGGGGAAUACCAACUCACCGUGGCUGGGUGAAGAAAAUUCGCUUUGCACCAGGAAAAGGCAACCAGAAACUCUUGGUUAUGUACACUGAUGGAGCAGAGGUCUGGGACACCAAAGAGGUCCAAAUGGUCAGCAGCAUGCGGAUUGGUCGCAACGUAAACUAUCGUGUCUUGGACAUUGACUGGUGCACUUCAGACAAAGUUGUACUGGCUUCAGAUGACGGGUGUAUUCGUGUGUUGGAGAUGGCGAUGAAGUCUGCUAGUUAUCGUAUGGAUGAACAGGAUCUCAGUGAUUCAGUGUGGUGCCCCUACCUGCUGCUACCUCGAGCUGCUCUCACUCUUAAGGCAUUCCUCCUGCUACAGCCAUGGUCGGGGACCUUCACCAUGGACAUAACACAAGUAGACUACAGUGAGAAAGAUGAGAUUAAAGGUCUGAUCCAGGAACAGCUCAAUUCUUUGUCAAAUGACAUGAAGAGUGUGCUGCAGGACCCAGAGCUCAGCUUGCUGCAACGCUGCCUCCUGGUCUCACGGUUGUUCGGGGACGAGUUUGACCUUCACUUUUGGACAGUGGCUUCACACUACCUCCAGUCAUUUGCCCAGGCUCGUCAGCUCAGUGUGUCCACAACGGAGAGUCAGGUUCAAAGUGAAUUAGCCCAACAGUCCCCUCAGAAUCACCUGGACAUCUGUCACGACACGUUGUGUGAGAGCUCUUAUUUCCAGAAAUUCCAGUUAGAUCGUGUUCACCUGCAGGAAGUGAAGCGCUCAAAUUAUGAGCAUACUAAGAAAUGUGCUGACCAACUUCUCCUUUUGGGCCAGACAGACCGUGCUGUCCAAUUACUGUUAGAGACGAGUGCAGACAAUCCCAGCUACUACUGUGAUUCCCUCAAAGCCUGUUUGGUGACCACCAUCACAUCCUCUGGUCCCUCCCAGUCCACCAUCAAACUUGUGGCCACUAACAUGAUUGCCAACGGCAAGUUAGCAGAGGGGGUGCAGCUGCUGUGUUUGAUUGACAAAGCUGCAGAUGCUUGCCGCUACCUGCAGACCUACGGGGAAUGGAAUCGCGCCGCCUGGCUGGCUAAGGUGCGCCUCGGCCCAGCGGACAGUUCAGAUGUGCUAAAGCGAUGGGCAGAGCAUCUGUGCUCCACACAAGUCAACCAGAAGUCCAAAGCCAUCCUGGUACUACUUUCUCUCGGAUGCUUUUACAAAGUAGGAGAGAUGCUGCACAGUAUGAGGCACUUUGACUGCGCCGCUCUCUUUAUCGAAGCCUGCCUGAAAUACGGGGUCAUGGAGGCCAACGACUCCUCUAAUAAACUCAUAGAAGCAGCAUUUUUGGACUACGCACGACUGCUGCGCUCGCUAGGCCUGCGAGAAGGUGCCGCUCUGUGGGCGUCACGAGCCGGCACCGUCGGCGAGCAGCUGAUGGAAGAGCUGUUCAAGGGCGAGGGAGGAGGGCCCAACGUCGUGCUUGAUAGUAACGAGGCCAAGGUAGUGACUGACUCUUGA